AUGAUCCUCCUUUUCAACUCAAACUUCCUCCGAAGGCAGCUAGAUCUGAAAAAGAAAUUGAUCCAGAAUAUGAAGAGAAGAUGAAAACGGACCGAGCAAAGAGAUUUGAGUUCCUCCUGAAGCAGACAGAGCUAUUUGCACAUUUUAUUCAGCCUGCAGCACAGAAGUCACCAACAUCUCCAUUGAAAGUCAAAUUGGGGCGACCACGAAUCAAGAAGGAUGAAAAACAGAGUUUAAUUUCAGCUGGGGAUUAUCGUCAUAGACGCACAGAGCAAGAGGAAGAUGAGGAGUUGCUGUCUGAGAGUCGAAAGACGUCUAAUGUGUGUGUACGAUUUGAGGAGUCUCCUUCGUAUGUGAAAGGAGGAACACUAAGAGAUUAUCAGGUUAGAGGGUUGAACUGGAUGAUCUCAUUAUAUGAAAACGGUGUUAAUGGCAUUCUGGCAGAUGAAAUGGGUCUUGGUAAGACUUUGCAAACUAUAGCAUUGCUAGGCUAUCUGAAGCAUUACCGAAACAUUCCUGGACCACACAUGGUUCUGGUUCCAAAAUCAACUUUGCACAACUGGAUGAAUGAAUUUAAACGCUGGGUUCCGUCUUUACGUGCUGUUUGUCUUAUUGGAGACAAGGAUGCCAGAGCUGCUUUUAUCCGUGAUGUUAUGAUGCCUGGAGAAUGGGAUGUUUGUGUUACUUCAUAUGAAAUGGUAAUCAAGGAGAAAUCUGUUUUCAAAAAAUUUAACUGGAGGUACCUGGUAAUUGAUGAGGCCCACAGAAUAAAGAAUGAAAAAUCAAAGCUGUCAGAAAUUGUCCGUGAGUUCAAGACUACAAAUCGGUUGCUGCUGACUGGAACUCCUUUGCAGAAUAACCUCCAUGAGCUGUGGGCAUUACUUAAUUUUCUUUUACCUGAUGUCUUCAACUCUGCAGAUGACUUUGAUUCCUGGUUUGAUACUAAAAAUUGUCUCGGUGAUCAAAAACUUGUAGAAAGACUUCAUGCAGUUUUGAAGCCGUUUUUGUUACGUCGCAUAAAAGGUGAAGUGGAAAAGAGCUUGCCUCCUAAAAAGGAAGUAAAGAUUUACCUGGGACUCAGCAAAAUGCAGAGAGAAUGGUAUACACGGAUCCUGAUGAAAGAUAUUGAUAUUUUAAAUUCAGCUGGGAAAAUGGAUAAGAUGCGGCUGUUGAAUAUUCUUAUGCAGUUACGAAAAUGUUGUAACCAUCCAUACCUAUUUGAUGGUGCUGAGCCUGGACCUCCUUAUACCACUGACACACAUCUCGUCAACAACAGUGGUAAAAUGGUAGCUUUGGAUAAACUGCUGGCAAAACUCAAAGAACAAGGUUCCAGAGUUCUCAUUUUUAGUCAGAUGACCCGCUUAUUGGAUAUUUUGGAAGAUUAUUGCAUGUGGCGUGGGUAUGAAUACUGUCGAUUGGAUGGACAGACACCACAUGAAGAAAGAGAGGAAGCAAUAGACACCUUUAAUGCUCCCAACAGCAGCAAAUUCAUAUUUAUGCUGAGUACCAGGGCUGGAGGUCUGGGGAUUAAUUUGGCCACUGCUGAUGUGGUUAUUCUUUAUGAUUCAGACUGGAAUCCUCAGGUGGAUCUUCAAGCUAUGGAUCGUGCACAUCGUAUUGGUCAAAAGAAACCAGUAAGGGUAUUCCGACUUAUUACUGAAAAUACUGUUGAAGAAAGGAUUGUAGAAAGAGCUGAAAUAAAACUGAGACUGGACUCUAUAGUUAUUCAGCAAGGAAGACUCAUAGAUCAACAGUCUAACAAACUGGCAAAAGAUGAAAUGCUGCAGAUGAUCCGGCAUGGAGCUACACAUGUUUUUGCUUCUAAGGACAGUGAGCUAACAGAUGAAGAUAUUACCACCAUCUUAGAAAGAGGUGAAAAGAAGACAGCAGAAAUGAAUGAGCGAUUGCAAAAGAUGGGGGAAAGCUCUCUAAGGAACUUCACUAUGGACACAGAGAUGAGUUUAUAUACCUUUGAAGGGGAAGAUUAUAGAGAAAAACAAAAGAUGAGUAUGAUGGAAUGGAUAGAGCCUCCAAAACGAGAGCGCAAAGCUAAUUAUGCAGUGGAUGCGUAUUUUAGAGAAGCCCUACGUGUUAGUGAACCAAAAAUUCCCAAGGCUCCACGACCCCCCAAACAGCCAAAUAUUCAAGAUUUCCAGUUUUUUCCGCCACGAUUGUUUGAACUUCUGGAAAAAGAAAUUCUGUACUAUCGUAAGACUAUAGGCUAUAAGGUCCCUAGGAAUCCUGACCUCCCAAAUGCAGCUCAGGCACAAAAAGAGGAACAAAAGAAGAUUGAUGAAUCUGCACCUCUUACUCCAGAAGAAACUGAAGAAAAAGAAAAGCUUCUCACUCAAGGUUUUACAAACUGGAACAAGAGAGACUUCAACCAGUUUAUUAAAGCUAAUGAGAAAUAUGGACGUGAUGAUAUAGAUAAUAUUGCCCGUGAGGUGGAGGGAAAAUCACCUGAGGAAGUCAUUGAGUACUCAGCUGUUUUUUGGGAACGUUGUAACGAAUUGCAGGACAUUGAGAGGAUCAUGGCUCAGAUUGAGCGAGGAGAGGCAAGAAUCCAACGAAGGAUCAGUAUCAAGAAAGCUCUGGAUGCCAAAAUUGCAAGGUAUAAAGCGCCCUUUCAUCAGCUGCGAAUUCAGUAUGGAACAAAUAAAGGCAAAAACUACACAGAAGAAGAAGAUAGAUUCUUGAUAUGCAUGUUACAUAAGAUGGGCUUUGACAAAGAAAAUGUAUAUGAAGAACUAAGGCAGUGUGUGCGUAAUGCUCCUCAGUUCAGGUUCGACUGGUUUAUCAAGUCUAGAACUGCAAUGGAAUUUCAGAGACGCUGCAAUACUCUCAUAUCAUUAAUAGAAAAAGAAAACAUGGAAAUAGAGGAAAAAGAGAGAGCUGAAAAGAAGAAAAGGGGAACAAAAGUUCCAGCGUCACAGAAGAGAAAAGCAGAUUCAGCUACAGAGAGCUCUGGGAAAAAGGAUGCCAAGAAAGUGAAGUCGUAAGGCUGAGAAACUGAAUGCUAAAUAUAAAAUUGCCAUUUCCUUCUCUACAUCUACAAAUGUUAAUUGCCAAUUUCUGUGUAUUCAUGGUACUCUCAAAUAUCCCAUGAUUUAAAUUUUUUUUGCAAAUUUUGUAUAUUUUACAAUGCCUUUCUUUACUUAAAAUCUGUGUAGCUUUAUCUUUUAUGCAUUCCAGUAUUUUUGUGUACUGUAUUUUGUGAAUUUCAUGUCUUCAGCAAAAUUCACUCAGUCCUUGUUCUUUUGAAGCUUGUGCUGAGGUUUUAGCUUUUCUAUGUUUUAUAUGCUGCUGCUUUGAGAGAAAACCCAGAUUCUAUAGCUGUAUUAUUGUUGUUUCAUACUUCAAAUUUAUAUGGCUGUGGGAAAAUAAAUUGAAUUAAAAUGAUUUGAGGAGAAAUAUA